AUGGCUGCACAUACACGUUUGAUUUGUGUGAUCCCACGAUCGAAUGCCAUCCGGCAACGGGCUUUUGGGCUGGCUGGUUGCUUCACUCGCUUCUACUCCAGCAAGACCAGUAUAGGCGACAGCCCACGCGUUGCCGUAUUGUAUCAAGCUCUGGAGCCUCCCGUCGUCAACGGUGUAAGGAAACCAAAAAAGCCCGGCGGUUACCAGGACUCCGGUGCCGACAUUGCUUGGACCCUGCGGCAUUCUGGAACCAAUGUCAUCACCCCGUCGGCAAAGCCAGAUCCAGGUACACAUGAAGGCUGGUGUUUCCCGGAUACUGAAGACGGAUUAAUGGCAGCCAUUGAUCAGGGCGCGACGCAUUUUUGGGCGAAUACUAUUCUCUUCAGCGAUCACCCACUGCAGACUUCCAGGCAUCUGGAUUCUCAUGAGAAGAAUGUUAGAGUGGUUGGGCAGCCGCCAAAAUUUGUGCAGAUGUACGAUGAUAAACAUCUAGUCAACAGCAUACUACGGGGGCCUACUACAAAUUUAACGCUUCCCAAGGCCGCAAUAGUCGCCGACUUGGAUUCACUGCGAAGAGCCGUUGCUCCAAAUGGAUCUCUGUCCUUUCCCAUUGUGGGGAAACCUGUCCGCGGCCGUGGUAGCCAUGGUGUGGCCGUUUGUGCCUCAAUAAAGGAAUUAGAAAAACAUGCCGAGAACUUACUCUCUGAGUCGCCAUCCAUUAUCCUGGAGGAGUAUCUCGCCGGGCAAGAAGGGACUGUGACGGUGAUGCCUCCAUCUGCAGACCGCCCAGAAUAUUGGGCGAUGCCGGUAGUGGUCCGAUUUAAUCACGUCGACGGAAUUGCACCAUAUAAUGGCAGCGUGGCUGUCACGGCGAAUUCGAGGGUUGUGUCUGAGAGCGAGGCUCUCGCAGACUCAACAUUUGGUGCUAUUUCGAAGCAAUGUGUCGAAGUUGCCCGCCUGCUCCGAUGUACCGCCCCUAUUCGCAUCGAUGUCAGAAGGUUCCACGAGGAUUCCGAGUUCGCUCUGUUUGACGUUAAUAUGAAACCAAAUAUGACCGGACCAGGAAGACCCGGCCGAGAAGAUCAAGCAAGCUUGACUGCCUUGGCGGCAGGUGGCUUGGGCUGGAAUUACCCAGAGCUGCUCCGCCAGAUCUUGGGUUCCGCUAGCUUCCUAUAUGAUCUCAGACGUGCAGAAUUGCCAACGGGAUUUCAUCCAUAG